AUGCAGGACAUUAAGUUGACCUCCCUUUUGGUCGCCUGUGCUACUCUCUUCCCGUCCUAUGCGGACGCUUUCUGGCGUCUUCCUUGCCGUGGAAGUGCUGCUUUCGCCCGGCUGGACCCCAUCGUUGAGCCGGGCAAGAUUUCCUCCCACACCCAUGCCAUCCACGGAGCUGGAAACUUUGGCAUGGACUCGAACCAGGAUUCUAUGCGCGAGGCUCAGUGCACCUCCUGCGCCGUGACCCAGGACAAGUCUGCCUACUGGCAUCCCGCUUUGUUCUUCAUGCACACCAACGGCAGCGCUGAGAUUGUUCCCGAGGUUGGAGGCAUGCUUGCCUACUACCUCCUGUACGGCGAGAACAUCACUGCUUUCCCCGAUAACUUCCGUAUGGUGGCAGGUGACCCCUUCCAGCGUAACUUCACCUUGCCCGUUCCCGACCCUCCCAAGUCCGAGUGGACUGGUGAGCAAGGUACUCAGAAGGCCUUGGCCGCCAAGGCCAUUGGUUUCAACUGCCUGAACUACGAGCAAGCCGCUGAGCCCUCCCUUGGACGCCACUUCCUGCCGAACAAGACCUACCUCGACGAGCACUGUACCGACGGAGUUCGAUUCGAGCUGAUGUUCCCAUCCUGCUGGAACGGAGUCGACCUCGACACCGAGGACCACCACUCCCACGUCGCCUAUCCUUCUCUCGUGAUGGACGGUACUUGCCCUGAAGGAUUCGAAACCCGCCUGGUCUCGCUCUUCUUCGAGACAAUCUGGAACACUUAUGCGUUCAAGGACUACGAUGGAUUUUUCGCGCUUGCUAACGGUGACCCCACUGGAUUCGGAUACCACGGUGAUUUCAUGCAGGGCUGGGACGAGGGUGUCUUGCAGCAGGCGGUCGACACUUGCACAUCUGAGUCUGGCGUGAUUGAUGACUGCCACAUCUUCGACAUCCAGACGGAAGACGAGCAGCGUGCCUGCCAGGCCACCGUCCCGUUGGCCAUCAGAGACGAGAACGUUUCCCUGCACCCAGAUGGAUUGCCCGGCGGCAUGCCCAUUGAGUGGGGACCGGAACGUGCCACGAUGAAAUCGCACAAGCACAAGCCCGAGCCCCCCGCCCUUCCUACCAUUUCCGUCGGUGACUUCUCGGUCGACCCCAACACCUGGUUCCAUAAGGAACAGGCCACCAGCACCAGCCAGGCUACCAGCACGAGCCAAGCUACCAGCACCAGCCAGGCUACCAGCACCAUCCAGGCCACUAGCACCAGCCAAGCCACCACGUCUACACCCACUUCGACUUCGACCCCCUCGCCCACCCCGACCCCCGUCACCUCUACGAUCAUCGAUCCUAUCACCGAAGAGGUUAUCUAUGUCGAACGCGAUAUUGCCGUCCUCUGUGAUGGUCAUGGCAAAAUUACCGCCACUAGCACUGGCGCCGUCCGCACCGUGUCUACGGCUAUCACCACCGUUACUGAGACCUCUACGACCGUCGCCUACGUCAAGAAGGACACCAUCCCUGAAGUUGCGGAGCCCGAGCCCGUUGCUGCCCACCUGCGCAGACACGCUCACCACCGCCACGGCCGUUCCCACCACUAG